AUGCCACCCGGUGUACGAUCAACAGAAGCAACAGACAUGUUCUUCCAGGAAUCUUCGGAUGAGACGAGGUCAAGCCCUCCCCCGGAGUCGUGGAGGCUAUUCCGGGAUCGGAGCCUGCCGGUCUCCAUCGAUGCCGCAGACAGAUAUCGCGAAGUAAUCCAUGAGUACUUUGCGGAGGUCAACAUCUUUUUCCCACUACUUUCUCUCGACGACAUCCUCGCAACGUUCAACGAGGUUGUGUCAUGCGAAAAGUCUCCGGCCCUUGAGUCUGACUCCAUCUCACCGGCGAGGUACUGUCUUCUUCUCCUUGUUUUAUGCAUGGGGUCUUUCGUGUGCAUAGGAGAAUACCGCAUCUCUUUGGACGAGGCUGCGGGCAGAAAUGGUGGUCAGGAGCCUCCAUCUCUAGGAUCUGGAUAUUUUAAAGAGGUCACAGGACUUGAUGAGAAGCUCUGGCAGAAGGCUCGUUUACUACUUGGUUUCAUCUCCUCGGAAAUCAAUCUUCAAGCUGCCCAGUGCAGCAUGCUGGCGAGUCUUUACAAGGGGGCCAAAGGCCGAAUGGCAGACUCUUUUCAUUGGGUUCAUGCAACGGCGGUAAAGUGCGAGGCACUGGCAAGAAGGGCAAUCGCAAGCACGAACGACGCAGAACGAUUUUCAGACGCUUUCAGACGGUUGUAUUGGGUCUCGCUCAUCUAUGAAGGUGACUUCAUUUCCGAGGUCUCCAUUACCCUCCCAUCAGGCAUUGCCAGAUACGAGGAUGUUGUGCCUUACCCUGCACCCGAGACGCCCAAGCAUCGACAAGAACAUGCGGCAGCGUUCUCCACGCCGGAGGCGAAUCCUACCAGCCCGGCAACAUCGACAUUCUAUCGAACGGAAGAACUAGUUGCAUUCCAGAUUAGCACCAAUGCGGCCAUCCGGCGAUUUCUUAACCGCGUCAAUAGUGUAAUUUACGACAGCAAAGAUCAGUUCCGGAUGACAAGAGACAGCUACGCAAAUUGGCUGCUGCGCAUAACAGAAGACCUGUGGUCUUAUCAUGGAGCGCUCUACCGCAACCUACCGGAUUUCCUUCUGACAAGCCAGCCGCGAAAACGCACCGACCAAGAGAAUGCAAGCUCGCCGAUGACACCAGGCAUCAUCAGGGUCGAAGAGCUCGGUAACAACCCAUGGAACGUCCUUCGACUCAAAGGACGAUACUAUGCUGGGCAAUACAUCAUUCACCGACCUUUCAUCGAGUAUGUGCUUCUCAAUAUGGCGCAUUUUGAUACCCAUCCCUGCAAAGAGGCGAUUCUCCACCGUUGCAGGCUAUGCUUGGAAGGAAUUCGAGGAUUUCUCAACGUUUUUGAUAUCGAUCCGGCCAUUAGUAUUACCGGCCUAUUCUCCAGUGGUCUUGUGUAA